GGUCAGUGCCGGGAAGUGGGAAUCGUUAGGUUCGUUCCGGACUUGCAGCCCAUGGCCCAGACGUCUCGCUCUGGUAGCCUGCCUCCACUCGCUACCGUGCCCCCGCUGAGGGCGCAACCCGUGGACACUGGGGAGGAGCAGUGGGAGAGAAUGGGAACGGGCUCUCUCCGCAGGGACGUUCGCGGCUGGCUGGGGCUGCCGGUAGCCGGGAGCAUCCCCUACCCGGGGAUACGUCCGGGCGGAGCUUCUGGAGGGACGCCGUGGUGGCCGAAGCCGGCAGGUGUGAGCGAGGCCCACGAUGCUGCGGCCUGGAGGCAGGGGCCCGCAGGUGGCAGCCCGAUCCCUCCUGCGCUGCAGCAUCUCCGUGCGGUGUUGCUGCGGCUGCACCGCGAGCGAGAGCAGCUUCUCCUGGCCCGAGACUGCGCCUGCCACCUGCAGGCGGCUGUGCGCCUCCUGAAGACCUUAAGUCCUGGCUCGCCCUCCUGCAGCCGCAGCCCCUUGCCCCAGCUGUGCCGCGACCUGCAGCUGCACCUUUCCCAAGGGGCAGUCCUGCGAAUCGGCCUUGGGGAGCCGCUGCUGCUAGCGCGCCCCAUCGGACUAGCCGCCCAGUGCCUGGAAGCUGUCAUCAAUACGCAGCUUCGCGCUCUCGGCCGGGAACCCGCCAGCCCGGGCCUGUCGUCCCAACUCGCCGAGCUGCUCCUGGCACUUCCCGCCUACCACACGCUACAGGGAAAAGCCUUGAGCCACGUCCCAGGGGCUGCACGUCCUUUCCCCACGUCCCGUGUGCUCCGCCUCUUGACGGGAGAGCGGGGUUGCCAGGUGGCAAGUCGGCUGGACGAGGCGCUCAGGGGAUCAGGAUUGAGGGACCAGCUCCGCAGGCUGUUUCAUGAGGAGCAGGAUCUGCUACCAGGGCUGCUGGGCCUGACAGGGGGCAUGGCGGCUUCAUCCAGUUGUGGACUGGGGCCUGGAGGGGCCAGAGCCUUGUGGAGCCAAUAUUGGACCCUGCUGUGGGCAGCCUGUGCUCAGAGUCUGGACCUAAAUCUGGGACCCUGGAGGGACCCCAGGGCAGCAGCGCAACAGCUGAGUCAGGCACUGGGUCAGGCAUCCCUACCUCAGGAGUGUGAGAAGGAGCUGGCUUCUCUGUGUCACAGUCUACUUCAUCAGUCGCUUAUCUGGAGCUGGGACCAAGGUUUCUGCCAGGCCUUGGGAUCAGCUCUUGGGGAUCAGAGUGGUCUUCCCACAUCCUCUCGCACUGCUGAACUUUUGCAGCAGCUCUUUCCUCCUCUCUUGGAUGCCCUUCGAAAGCCCAGGUUACGAUUGAUUUUCUGCCAGCCUGCAGAUCCUGUGCCUAUUGCCCUGGGGCUGUGUACCCUGCAGACCACCUUGCUCUGGUUUCUGGGCAGAGCUCAGCAGUACUUGGCAGCAUGGGACCCAGCUUCCUUCCUGCUCCUAAUCCAAAAAGACUUACCUCCUCUGUUGCAUGAGGCAGAAGCUUUGUCUAGCCUGGCCUCAGAGGAAAGCUUAGCUCUGGAAAUGGAGCAGGAGCUGGGCCUGGAGAUCCAGAAGCUGACUGCACAGAUCCAGCUCCUGCCUGAAGAGUCACUAAGUCUCUUUUCUCAAGAAUGUCAUAAACAAGCCAUGCAGGCUUUCAAGCUCCACAUGCCACGGGGUCGGUACUGGCGGCUUCGUCUCUGUCCCGAACUUCCCAGUGUUCCGAGUGAGUAUGCUGGUUUAGUGGUCCGCACCGUACUGGAGCCUGUAUUGCAAGGACUGCAAGGAUUGUCACCCCAAGCCCAGGCCCCUGCUCUUGGUCAGGCACUGACAGCCAUCGUGGGUGCCUGGCUCAACCACAUCCUUACCCAUGGGAUUCGGUUCAGCCUGCAGGGAGCACUGCAGCUCAGACAAGACUUUGGAGUGGUCAGGGCGCUGCUGGAAGAGGAGCAGUGGAGCCUGUCCCCUGAUCUCCGCCAGACCCUGCUCAUGCUCAGCAUCUUCCAGCAGCUGGAUGGGGCCCUGCUAUGUCUGUUGCAGCAGCCCCUGCCCAAGUCUCAUGUCCACAGGAGGCCCCCCUGUUGCUGUGCUUGUCAUGAGGUCCAGACCACAGAAUUGCCCAGCAGCUGCCUCAAUAGCCUGGAGAGUUUGGAGCCCCCUCUCGGGCCUGGAACAUCCGCAGCCCAGACAGCUCAGCUGCAAAGCACACUAGGGGAAGGAGGACCUAGCCCCAAGGCCUUCCUGGUGGGAAAUCAGCAGGCCUGGCUUGCCCUCAGGCAACACCAGCCACCCCGCUGGCACCUGCCUUUUCUUUCCUGCCUGGGAACCAGUCCUGAAUCCUAAAGAGCCUGGGACCAGAAGUCAGAAAGUUAGAGCUCCCCAUCUGUAGCUGGAAAAAUGCAGACAUUUGGAAUUGCCUAGAACUGGAAGGAAGCCUAGAACUGGCAGCUUGGAGGAAAGCAUACUGGAGAACAAGCUGCACAGAGCCUGGACUUAAGAAUCCAUGAUCACUCCAGCACUUGGAAUCCAGGGUAAAGAGCAAGACCAAAGCCUGGAACCCGAAG